UUUGAUUGUUGUCCAGCAUAUCAUUAUCAUUUACUCCAUUUAGCUGCUUCAGGAGUUCCACAAGCUAACCAAGCUCGGAAGGCCUCCUUCUUCAGCUUCACAGCUUCCUUUUACCUCUGGUAUCCACCACUGCGUUCAGGGAUUUCCACCGUGACAAGCACAACAUUUUUUACGACCACAGCUAGGCACAGCCAUCUCAGAAUGGAAUCCUGGAACGUGGGCUAUUCAGGAUCAAUGACCCCUGAAUCCCUCAGGAUGCAGGAGAAGUUCUGGCAGAGGUGCGGAUGGAAGAUUUCCCAGACGGGGACCUGCCAGACGCCACCAGCGCACCCUCACUCUACAUUCAGUACUGAAAUUUCACCAAUCUGUGCCCCCGAAUCCCAGGGGAGUAUUUAUGGAAGCGCUGACCCUGCUGAAGCACGUACUGCAGCAUCCAUCAUGAACAUCGGCGUCUCCCUCCUUCUCCUGAGCACUUUGUGCUUCAUGGACCUGAAUGCCCAGUGUCCCGAACCGAAUGCGCUCGUAGACAUCGACGGGAACAAACUGUGCGCUCGCUUGUGGGAGGACAGCAACAUCUACAACGAGCAAAGCUGCGCCGGGGCGUACCUGGACGCCUACCCCAAGUCUGACGUCCCGAUUAUGCCCCCUGGCUGGAACGACCAGAUCUCGGCGCUGGUGGUGGCCCCGCGGUGCUCCCUGACAGUCUGGUCACGCAGCAAGAAGGAGGGCAAGAAGAAGAAGUUCACUUCUGGGAUCUACUACCGUCUGAAAGAGGUGACCAUGGGUCUGCUGAGAAACUGGAACGACCAGAUCUCGGGGUACUACUGCGAGUGCUAGAUUCCGGGAAGAAGACGGGAAUGGUUAGCGCUGCAGAACGACACAAAAGAAGGGACUCUGUGACCUUAGGUGUUAUGGGCCGAGCAUCACAAUAAAAUCUAUGCAGAAACUGAAA